UAUGUAUUUGAUAGAUAGAUAGAUAGAUAGAUAGAUAGAUAGAUAGAUAGAUAGAUAGAUAGGCAGACAGACAGAUGGACGGACAGACAGACAGACGGACGGACAGACAGAUAGACAGACAGACAGAUAGAUAGAUAGAUAGAUAGAUAGAUAGAUAGAUAGAUAGAUAGAUAGAUAGAUAGAUAGAUAGAUAGACGGACGGACAGACGGAUAGAUAGAUAGACAGACAGAUAGAUAGACAGACAGAUAGACAGACGGAUAGAUAGAUAGAUAGAUAGAUAGAUAGAUAGAUAGAUAGAUAGAUAGAUAGAUAGAUAGAUGGACGGACGGACGGAUGGAUGGACGGACGGACGGACGGAUAGAUAGACUGACAGACGGAUAGAUCUAUAUACAUGUAAACACUAUUUUUAUGGUGCAUGCAUAGCAUACAAAAUGACAUUGAUGAUGUUAUUGCGCAAUCGAAAAAGGCUGGUGUACUGGCUCUUGUUGCAGUAGCAGAGCAUGCUGGAGAAUUUGAGAAAAUCAUACAGCUGUCACAAAGGUUUUCUGGAUUUGUAAUGCCUUGCCUUGGAGUUCAUCCUGUUCAAGAACAAGAUCCAGCAAAUCCAAGAGGAGCAGUACCAGAGGAUUUAGAUGCUGCCCUUCCCUUAAUCGAAAAAUACAAAGAGCACAUUGUGGCUAUUGGUGAGGUUGGCCUUGAUUUCACACCCCGAUUUGUUAAUACUGAUGCAGGAAAAGAACUUCAAAGACAUGUCCUCAUUCGUCAAGCUGAGAUCGCAAAGCAACUAAAUCUGCCACUGAAUGUUCACUCAAGAUCUGCUGGAAGACCAACCAUUCAUCUCCUAAAGGAGCUAGGUGUAGAAAACGUCCUUCUUCAUGCAUUUGACGGAAAGCCCUCAGUUGCAAUGGAGGGUGUACGGGCAGGCUACUUCUUUUCUAUUCCUCCAUCAAUUGUACGAAGUGAACAGAAGCAGAAACUUGUAAAACAGUUGCCUCUAGAGAAUAUUUGUUUGGAGACUGAUUCGCCAGCUCUAGGACCAGAGAAGCAGGUGAGGAAUGAGCCAAGGAACAUAACCGUCAGUGCAGAGUAUAUUGCCAGAAUUAAGGGCGUGGACCUGGAGAAGGUCAUUGAAGUCACCACACAAAAUGCUCUUCGCCUCUUCCCCAGGUUAAAGACGUUCAUCAAAGUCUGAAUGCUGUGAAGACAUCUGCAAAAUUACAGAGAUAUCUAUAAUACUGUGCACAGGGCGCCAUUGGCACAGCUGGCACAUCACUGAUCCUGGAACCUAGGUUUAAUCCAUUCCUAUGGUUAUGGUCUUGUUCUUCUGGCUACCAUUUGAUUUGUUUUCUUCCACCUUAAAUACAGAAGAUGGUCUGGCUACCUAAAAAUGCCCCUAAAUAAGUGAGCAAAUGAUUGUGUCAGUAGUUGUUGCCCUGAUAUGGACUAGCAUCCUAUCCAGGGUGUAUUUGUGUCAUGGGCCAAGUGUUUCUGGGAGGUGCCAGUCCCACCAUGACUCAGACAGGGAUUGAGAAAGAGAAAAUAUACAGUGACUGAAUAAAACUGUAGUUACUCUUAGUAA